AUGCCCCAGCCCCAGCAGCAAACGCCUCCUUCUCAGUUAGCUCUUGUUCUGGUGCAGGCGCAGCCUUCCAUAAACUAUCCUCCUUACGACGACAUGAUUUUUGCAAUUAGGGACUUGAACGAACCAGAUGGUUCAAGCAAGUCGAGGAUCUCGAGGCGUAUCAAGAGAUCGAACGCCGUUUUGCCUCCUAGUCACGCGGUUUUGGUGACUUACCAUCUCAAGACGUUGAGGAGGAGUGGCGUUCUCACCAUGGUUAACAACUUAUACAAGAUCGCUGCUGCUGCUCCUCCUCCUCGGCAAAGAGUGGCUGUUGCGGCAGACCUGGUCGCUCCCAGAUAUGAGGUUCCUCCGAUGAACUCCUCUCCGCUUGAUAUGCUAGGACAGUCAAGCCGUGAGCUACCCGAGUUGCCUGUAACAGAUCCGAACCAGGUGGUUACUGAGUCGGCAAACAGACGACCUGAUCGUCCAAGGAGGGACGGAUCUGUUCCGAUCUCUCCAACUGCGGGUGCAACUCUAGGUCUUCCAUAUCCGAGUACGUAUGCAAGCAUGCUACAAAGGGGGAGGCCACCGAGUCCUAGAGCUGCUGUGAGCGAGAGUAAGAGGCUAUGCAUAGGUGAAUCUAGCGGUGGAGUCGUCAUCGCUGCUCCAGCUGGUGGAGAAACUGUGGCCGUUGCGUCAAGGAUGUGGCGUGGACCUGGAUGUACACCUAACAUCGUUUGGAACAGGCCUAGAAAGGUAUAA